GGUCAAGAAAGAAAUACCGCAAAAUAGGAGGGUAUCGCGACAAAAAGCAAUAAGCAAAUGGAGAGAGGCUGACACGAAGACAAAGCCCUAACUCUCAACUGGUUCGGUAGUGCCUCUUCUGUCUUUCGUACCAAGUGGUAUCGGAGGACGCUCAACAACUUUCAUCUUGAAGCGAAGCUUUGGAGAACAAUCGAUGGUGGAGGUGAAGGACCACGAAGAACCUGCAUUGCAUGCGAAGCGGAAACCUGAUCUCAGUUGUGUAGAAGACAAGGAGGACGAUUCUAAGAAGCAAAAACUUGAAAUUUCUGACAAUAAUUCCUCGGUUGUUGAAGACGAAUUUGAUGCAGACGAAGGGGAGUCAGAUUCGGACGAAGAAGAGGAGGAAGAGGACUCUGGAAGCGAGGAAGGCGAUGAUUCUGAGCAGUCCAAUGACAAGGCCAAGGCCAAGGCCAAGGUUAUUGAUCGUAAGGGAAAGGGGAUCUUGGUGGAAGACAAGGGAAAAGGGAAAUUGAUAGAAGAAGAAGAAGAAGAAGAUGAUUCGAGUGAUGGUGCGGCUCAAUCUGAUGACGAUAGCGAUCUUUCGGAAGAUCCUCUUGCAGAGGUUGAUUUGGAUAAUAUUCUUCCGACCAGGACCCGUAGGCGAGUGGUUCAGCCUGGAGUUUAUUUGGCUAAUGAUCUUCCGGAAGGGGAAGAUAGUGAUGAUAGUGAUGCAUAAGUUGAGGAAGAUACUUCUUUAGAUUGGGAAGAGAUGAUCAAUUGUUUCAAUAUGGUUCAAGCACCUGUAUCAGGUUGAUCAGCAAUCUUAGUGCUUUAACUUCUAACAAAGAUGAGAUAACCUGAAUUGUAUUAGAUACCAGGCUUGAGAUGAAGAGUUUGUUGUUUCUGGGAUUGUGUAGGGUUUUCUGAGAACCUAGUUGUGAAGGAUGGUGUACUGAUUUCAGCAUAUUGUUUGUGGAUUUUGUUGGACUUGGAAGAAUAGUUCACUAUUUUUUUUUGUCUC